AAGGCAAAGAUUAAGAGAAAGAAAGCGUAAUAUAAUAAUAAUAAUAGUAAUAAAAAAAUCCUGUAUCCCCCUCUCCCGUAUUGGCACACGUGAAUGGUUUAUAGUGUUCUAAGGCAACUGUUUCAAGCCGUGCAGCGAUAGUAACCAUUCGCGAUAUUAUUAGUAAACUGAGUGUUUCUUCCGUAGUGCCCUCACUUUAGCUCUUCGAUUCCAACAUGGGUCGUCUUCCUGCAGCGGCAGCCAAAGGCCGUAAGAAAAAGAAGCCGAAGGAUGUUAAUAGGCCCAAACGGACUACAUCUGCUUACUUUUAUUAUAUGGCACAUUGCAGAGAGCAGGCUAAUAAAUCAGGCACAACCAUUCCUAAAGUUUCAGAUUUUACCAAAGAAUGCUCAGAAAAAUGGAAGGCUCUAACUGCUGUACAGAAAAAGCCCUUUGAUGAGAAAGCUGCCAAGGAUAAAGCCAGAUACGUUAAAGAGAUGUCAGAUUAUAAACAGAAAAAUUCAGGUGAUCCAAAUAAACCAAAGAGACCACAGUCUUCAUAUUUCCUGUUCUUAAAUGACUUCAGAGUGAAAAUGAAUGGGAAGGGUAUUGAUCACAAAGAGAUACUCAGAUUAGCUGGAGAAGAGUGGAGAAAGAUGACAGAUGAUGUUAAGAAACCGUAUGAGAAGAGAAAUCGAGAAGAAAAGAAGAAAUACGAUGUAGCAAUUGCUGAAUACAAAAAGAGAAGUGGUGAACAAAUUAAAGGUGCUCCUUCAGUCAAGAAAGCGAAGGUCGUUGUAGAGGAGGAGGAAGAGGAUGAUGAGGAGGAGGCUGAUGAUGAUGAAGAGGAAGCCGAAGAAGAAGAGGAAGAGGCUGAUGAAGAAGAGGAGGAAGAAGAUGAAGAUGAUGACGAAGAGGAUGAAUAGGUGGAGAAAUUAAAAAUUAUAUUGGACAUUCAUCCAGUAAUUCUGACAAAUGACUUGAAAUCAUUUGUAGAAUGUAGAGAAGAGAGGUGAUUUCGCUCAGAUUUAUUUUUCUCUCCAUCACUGCCAUUGUCUUAUACCCAACUUGAUGUGUCUCGUCACAAAAAAAAAAAAAAGAUCUAAAUGUUAAAUUUAAACCACAACUUCUUUUUCUUUCUUUAUGAUUUCUGUGGUUUAUAAUAUCAUUUGACAUCAGACAUUUCAUUUUUGUUCUGUAAAUGUUUUCAUUAUUCACAUUCCUCUUGAAAUUAGAUUACAGAUUAUUUUAUAUUCAGAUGAUAGAAGUGUGCCUUACUCUCAGCGUGCACUUAAGAGAAUUCAAUGCAAUUUAACAUAGUGUAAAAUAAUUGAAAUUUGUUGUUUUGUAGAGGGUGGGGGUGUAAAUUCUUUAUAAACUGAAUUCUUAUUGGACAAUCCUGCUGCUUCACCAGUGGCAUUGUUUUGUCUCCAUUGUGGUUGGCAGGGUUGUGACUUCAAAUGAUUAUUUUCUUCACGUCACUUGACAGCUUAUAACUGUUUUUUUCUCUUGCCAUUUAACUAUGUGUUUCAUCAGGUUUAUUCACAGAAUAUACAGUUUUGUAACUUUAAAAACAGGCUAAAUUUUAGCUAUUAGUGCCUUGUUUAUAAAAUUAAUGAAGAUAUUUUGUUUUACAAUUUCUGGUUACUUCAGUAUAUCACUUUGACCACUUCAGUGUUCCUAUUUCAUAUUGUAAAAUUAAGAAUUUUUCUUCAUAUAUUUUUAAAAUUGGUUUCCAUAUGACCUUUAAAAUGUUGUUUUCCCUUAAAAUAGUCUCCUGUUGAACUAUCACACAAAAACAAAAAAAAAUUGAUUAGGUAAACAGUUUAUCCCCCUUUUCCAUUCAAGAACAUGAUCUCUUUCCUAUUAUUAUACCCUGAAGGCUUGCUCAACUUGCAAGGAUUAGUUGUGUCUUAGGAACAAUUUAAGAUGUAAUUAUUCUAUUUAAACUGAAAUAAAAUAUUUAAAAAAAAAA